GACGGAUGCCACGAUAUCAUAAAUAACUCUCGACUCUUUACAUUCAAUCAAUCGAUUAAUCAAUCAUCAUGGUUUUCGGCUGGGGAGAAUCUCAAGAUGCCUACCAACAAGCCCAAAGCGGUGACGUCAACCAGGCAAGCUUCGGCCACGAAGCUCUAGCUGGCGCUGCAUCAUUCGGAGCCUUCAAGGUCUUCGAAGACCGUCAGCGUGCCGAGGGUAAACCCGUCUCUCAUCAGUUCGCGAAAGAAAUGCUUGUUGGCCUCGUGGGUGGAGAGGUCGAUAAGCUGGCGGAGACGAAGGGUAUGGAUUGGGUUGACAAGGAAAAAGCGAAGCGUCACGCAAAGGAGAAUGUGCAGAAUAUGUAUGAUCAGCAGUAUGGUGGGAAUGAUCAAUAUGAUCCUAACCAGCAAGAUACUAACCAAGCUCUCAAUAACUACUAAGAAAAGAAUGCAGGAGGCUUGGGAUUUUAUGAUAGGGAAAUGUAUUGUGCUUCCCAUUGGAUACUCAAAAGCCCUUCUUGUUGGUCCUUCUUGUUGGUUCUUAGAUGACAUUCAAUGUGGAAAGCUGUAUCUAUUCUCUCG